AUGGGGGGUGGAAGCAACGCCUCUUGUGGGCCACGUGUUGGUACAGUACAGUAUUGGAGGUGUGAUUUUGAGAGAAAAACAAAAGAUGAAGGCGACGAAGAUGACAGUGGAUUCCGCGAGAAAGAGUCUCGGUACUCUCACCGUGGAAGAAUCUCGUCUGUGGCUUUCGUAACCGAAAAAUCGCCGGAGAGUUUCGUCGACGACCAAUUUCCGUGGCUCUCCUCGAAGAAGAACCUCGGUGGCGUUGCUCGGAGAAGAAUCUCGGUGGCUAUGAGCAUCGGAGAAUCUCUGUGGCUCUCCUCGACGGAGGAAAUCGGUGGCUCUCCUUUACAAACAAACUCCUCGGCCGGCGCCAAGUUAAAUCGAAAGCUCUUCCCUCACAUGGCAAGUAAGAACCACAGAGAUUGAGAAGAAGAAAGAAAGAACCGAUAGUGGUUU